GGCCCUCUGUUUACAAUGUUUUUGUGUGGUUUCAGGGCUGUAUGGCCGUGUUGUAGCAACAGUGUCUCCCGUUUGAGGACCUCCUUGUCCUUUCCCUGGAUCUCUGCCUCUCCAAGUGCAGCAUGGGCCUACUGCGGCCGGCGGAGCCUCCCUUUCCCCGCGCCUCUCGUUGCCCCGAGGCCAGCUUCCUCGGCCUCUGCGCGGGCCCUGGAGGCUGGACCGGGCGGGGAGGGAGCUGGGCUUCCGGGAGGGAAGGAAGGAGGGAGGGAGGGAGGCGGGGAGGGAGCCGUAGGCCGCGAGUGCCACGGUGUCUCCCUAUCUCUCUGUCUUCUCUCGUCCUACGAGGCUGAGGCGGAGAGAGAGGCAACCGAGAGAGGCCCGGCGCCCGCGCAUGCAGCCCUCACCCUGGAGCCCGAGCGGCCGAGGCGGCGGCGCAUCGAGGAGCUCUCCAGGGCCUCCCGGCAACGUCUGCUCCAGUCCAGGGACAGGAUGUUCUCCAAGUUUACCUCCAUCCUGCAGCACGCAGUUGAGGCGCUUGCGCCAUCUCUUCCAUUACAAGAAGAUUUUGUUUACCACUGGAAGGCAAUUACACAUUACUACAUAGAAACAUCAGAUGAUAAAGCCCCUGUGACUGAUACCAACAUACCAUCUCACCUGGAGCAGAUGUUGGAUAUUUUAGUUCAGGAAGAAAAUGAAAGAGAAUCUGGAGAGACUGGGCCUUGCAUGGAAUAUCUGCUUCAUCACAAGAUCUUAGAGACUCUGUAUACUCUAGGCAAGGCUGAUUGUCCUCCAGGCAUGAAACAACAAGUUUUAUCUUUUUAUACAAAACUUUUGGGAAGAAUACAGCAGCCUCUGCUUCCACACAUAAAUGUACACAGACCUGUGCAGAAAUUAAUCAGACUUUGUGGUGAAGUCCUGGCAACACCCACAGAAAAUGAAGAGAUCCAUUUUCUUUGCACAGUGUGUGCAAAGUUGAAACAAGAUCCAUACUUGGUUAACUUCUUCCUUGAGGUGAUUCACGAUCCUGUCCUGCAUGCUCCUAGGAGGCAGAACAAGCUAAAAGGACUGGCUUCCAAAGGCACAGCAAGCUUAAUUGCAGAAGACAUGCUAAAAGGCCAAGAUUCGGUGACAACAGAUACAGGGCAGGCUCUUCAGCCUGGAGAAACAUCAAGUGGAGCAGAUCAAGCAGAGAGAGAGAAUGACCUUCCUGAGCAGGCAGAUGACCUGUCCACAAGUCUAGAUGAAUUAAACUUUACACCGUCCCCUGGGGCAUUGGCUGUUCCUCCACACGGGGACUAUAAUUUAGUGAAUUCCUUGCUCAAUCUCACCAAAAGCCCAGAUGGCCGAGUAGCUGUGAAAGCUUGUGAAGGUCUCAUGCUUCUUGUGAGUUUACCUGAGCCAGCAGCUGCCAAAUGUUUAAGUGAAAAUACAUGCUUAUGUGAACUGCUGACAGACCGGCUGGCCUCUCUCUACAAAGCCCUUCCUCAGUCGAUGGAUCCCUUGGAUAUUGAAACAGUGGAAGGAGUUAACUGGGGCUUGGAUUCCUACAGCCACAAAGAAGAUGCAUCUGCAUUUCCUGGCAAAAGAGCUCUGAUUUCAUUUCUAUCCUGGUUUGAUUACUGUGAUCAGCUCAUUAAGGAAGCACAUAAGACAACUGCUGUUGCCAUGGCACGCUCAGUGCAGAAACGUUUUUUUGGUGGUGUAAUGGAACCCCAGCUAAUGCAAACUUCAGAGAUUGGGAUUCUAACAUCUACUGCCCUGCUGCAUCGCAUCAUUCGUCAAGUCACUUCAGACGCCUUGAUGCAUGAAAUAGUAUACUUUAUCCUUGGAGAACAGAGAGAGCCAGAAAAACAGGCAGACAUCAACAGACAUCCAUUACGACAUCGCUUAAUUGAGCACUGCGAUCACAUCUCAGAUGAGAUCAGCAUAAUGACUCUCAGAAUGUUUGAGCACCUUUUGCAAAAACCAGAUGAACACAUUCUUUAUAAUUUGGUUCUUAGAAAUUUAGAGGAGAGGAACUAUACGGAAUAUAAACCACCCUGCCAAGAAGAUAAGGAUGUGGUAGAGAACGGCCAGAUAGCAGGAGCUGUAGAUCUGGAAGAAGAUCCCUUAUUUACUGAUCUUUCUCCCAAUACCAUGUUGUCAAACCAAGAGUGGCUUAGUGCUUCACCAUCUGCCAGUCCGGACCAUUCAAAAAAUGAUGGGAAGACUGAAGUUCAUAAAAUUGUAAAUAGUUUUCUUUGUCUUGUACCAGAUGAAGCCAAAUCUUCCUACCAUGUGGAGGGCACAGGGUAUGAUACCUACCUCAGAGAUGCCCAUCGACAAUUUCGAGACUAUUGUGCCAUAUGCUUACGAUGGGAAUGGCCAGGCUUUCCUAAACCUCUGGAAAAGUGCAAUUUAGAAUCUGCGUUCUUUGAAGGAUAUUUUUUGAAAGUUCUCUUCGAUAGAAUGGGAAGAAUUCUGGAUCAGCCGUAUGAUGUCAAUCUACAAGUCACAUCUGUGUUGUCCAAGCUCUCCUUGUUUCCACAUCCGCACAUCCAUGAAUACCUUUUGGAUCCUUAUGUAAAUCUGGCUUCUGGCUGCCGCUCUCUUUUUUCAGUAAUUGUCAGGGUUGUUGGGGAUCUCAUGGUGAGGAUACAACGCAUACCUGAUUUCACACCAAAACUUCUACUGGUCAGGAAGCGUCUCCUUGGCUUAGAACCUGAAGGCCCUAUUGUUGACCACAUGACAUUACUUGAAGGUGUGAUUGUACUAGAAGAAUUUUGUAAAGAGCUGGCUGCCAUUGCGUUUGUGAAGUACCAUGCCUCGUCCACACCUUAAGUAUCCAAACUGUUAGAUUGUCCCAUAUUUCAAGCAGGGGAAAAACAGAUAACUUUUCCUGGGCAAGAAAGUGAAAAGCAAAUGUCGGCAUACAUUUGGAGGACUUACGGAAGAUGCAUUUAACUUGUAGUGCUUGUGUCUUAAUUCAUUGGUGAUGACCAUGUGGAUAUAGAACAUGGAUGAUUGAUCCACAACACAAUCAAGGCGAGAUCAACAUAACAGAAAAUGCUUUAAAGGCUGCACACAUCAGGACUUUAGUUCAAAUAGUCUCGUAUUUCAACAACAUUCUGGGAGGUAGACAUUUUUAUUUACUCUAGAGUUCAUAGGCGUUUAAAAGCUCAUUUUAGUCUCUGAUACGAGGCACAUUUUAUCCCUUUAAACAAAAACCAGCAGGUUAUUAAAGCAUUCUAAAUUAUUCAAAAUAACAUUGAAAAGAAAUAAGAAGCCACAAAGGCACACACAGCUUCUUUCUUAUUGGAUGAGUCCAUAAUACAUUAUGUUCUUUCUAUUAUUGGUGUAUCUGUACUAGAGCAGACAAUAAGUAUACUCAAAUUGCUUUUUUUUGGAAUUCUUGUUUGUUCUCUCUUAUUAUGCUGCCUGACUUUAUUUGCCUUCUGUAUCGAACUGAAACCCAGGUUAUUUGAUCUACAUGUCCAUAUAUACCAAUGUGACUGGAAAUUUUAGAUUCUCUGGUAAUCAAUUGGCUGAAGAGUAUCUUGUGCCUUGACUUGAAGUUUUUAUUAGUCUCCAUUUUUACAAUACUGCGUCACUUAGCUCAUUUGAAAAGCGGUAACAUCUAGGUCAAAAGAUAGCUGAUACUUUCUUAUUGCUGAUGCCACUUUUUAAUACUCUCAAUUCAGAUUGUUUCGCAAAUCCUGGAUUGCAAAUUUUGGUCUUGUUUUAACAGGAGUUCCAUUGAAACAAGAAGAACAUAAGAUUGCUUUAGUUCACUGUUGUGAGGCAUCACGCAGAUCGGCCUAAAAGGGAGACUAGAAUAAAUAAAGAUUGAGAGGCCUCGCUUUCUUUUCUCCUAACCUUUUUGCCAUUUCCUCUUUGGCUGAGUACCUUAAACAAGUAGUUAUCUACCUUGAGUUGCACAGUCACUCUGUAUUAUUUUUGCUUCCGUUAGGAAGGAGGAGGGGCAAAUAGGUUCUUUCAACUCAGGAGGAAACCCUUUACCAAUUGUUUGCUUUCCUCCUCUCUUACUCACAUUACAUCAUGGAAGCAUUUAUCUUUGGGGGGGGGCAUUUAAUUUUAAAAUCCUCUAUUUUAAAUAACAUGUUUACAUAAUUGCUGUAUGCUUCAGUUCCCAUUUGGUUUGAUGGAAAUUGAGUUGUAUUUUGUAUCAGUGAUGUACAACCUGUUUUGUACAGUUACAAAGUGGCCCUGAACCGUUUCCAUGGCUGUCAUGUUCUCAUGUAGUAAAACUUCGCUAAACAUGAGGAGAGUGUUGGAAAAUAGAAUAAUUUGGAUACGAUUGCUUACAUUUGUAGGCAUGCUUGAAGAAAACUCAAAUAGAAAAUUAUUGAGUGAAAUAUAGGGCUGCCCUUUUGUCCAAGAAAGGUAUUGUGAAGGAGCAGGUUGACAGAGUAGAUUACUCUGUACUUUGAUCGUCAUGAUCAGAGGCCUGCAGUGUGAGUUUUCUAAAGUAUUCAUGCACCAAAGUUUUUGAAUGCAACUUGAGAAGAUAAAUAUACGGAUCUUCUUCCUGAACAUCAGAUGGACAUUAGGUAAAAGGUAAAGAAUAAUUUUAUGAAAAUGGGCCCAACUGAUAGCUUUUUAAACCAUUUUUAAAAGUGUAAGUAGCAUAGGUUAUUUAAUCAGAUAAUUGUGAUUAAUGCACAUAUGUGUUAAUCUAAGUGUUAUGAAGACAAUGGAGCUUGAGCAAAUACAUCUAUAUCAGUGGUUCUCAACCUUUGGGCUUCCAAAGUUUUAGACUUCAACUCCCAGAAAUCCCAGCCAGUUUACCAGAUGUUAUGAAGUGUGGGAGCUUAAGUCCAAAACACCUGGAGGUCCAAAGGUUGGGAACCACUGAUCUAAAUAAUUUCCAUGCCUAACCCUUUGGGUUACAUUCUUGAGGCCUAGGCACAUGCUAUAACAUGGAUGCUUGAGUUCUCUGUGUUGUUGGUGCUGUAUCUCGGGCCACCUAUUGAAGUCCCACCAUAAUGAAACUUCUUCCAUAAUAAAACAAAGCAAGUGGGAGGCAACCUUAAGCUAUGCUAUUUAAACAUAUAGGGAGAAAUAUUAUCACUGAAACAAACUAUAUUAUUACUGCCUUCUAAUUCAAUACAAUAGCUAUUCAGCUACAUUGUAUCAAAUUUUAAUUUUUUUUGUUUUGGUUAGAGUAUCUGCUUAUUCAAGCAAGAUAUUUAACAUCAAGGUUGUUCCUUUUGCUUUUUAAAUAUCACAAUUGAAAUCCUGAUUGCUCAUACCAUAUGUAUUAAGGAAGUUACAUAAAUAUUCAAGUUAUAUUCUGUUUGCUGGUAAAUUGCAAUGUUGUUUGAAGACGCCACCAUUUUUACAUGUCCAUUUAAGGCUUAAGAUGGCUAUUCCUCUAUUGUAAUAUGUGUCUCAAACCUAGACAUGUUUUUAACCCUUUCUCUUGUCAUGAGAGUUGAUUUCAUGAACUCAUAAGCUAUAGCAGCAACCUUUUAUUUUUGUAAAAGCACAUUGAAAUUCCUUUUCCAAAUAUAAAUUUGUUGAAAUUUAUAAUCUUGUUUUCCAUGCACUUUUACUUUAAGGGUUAGUUGGGUCCUUGUUUGAAUUGAUUGAAUCUAUGCAUGUUAUAACCAUCCUUAUUCUGACUAAUGUGCGUGUGUGUGCAUAGAUGCAUGUAUGGUUAUUUAUUACCUUCCGGUAAACACAGGAGAACAUGUGGUUAAUGAGCAACCACCAUUUGUAAAGAUGUGAGUGGUAACUAUUGGGUAUUUGGUAUACCAUUGCAGAUACAACAGUGUUUAUAUAUGUGAGUGGAUGAGGAAAGUGGGAAUCGUUUGUUUUUAAAAUACAAAUCCAAUUUUAAUUUUUACCCUGAUGCAUGUUUAUGUAAAUAAAAGCACCUUUUCACCUUUC